CCAAGGUGGCAAUGAAGUCAUGAAGGCUCAGAUCUCCGCGCUCGCUAGAUAAUUUCGUCAUGGUCCUAAAGCCUUCUUCUUCUUCUGAGAUUUAACGAUUAGGAGUUCAUUUUCAAACGUGCACCUGUCCCGGCUGAGACUACAAAAGCAUCAUAAGUAUGGCCUCACCCCAGCCAGGUAGCCCACCUACCACAGAGCAGUAUACACCACCACCUUCUGAGACCGAGCCUGGUAAAGAAAAAGAUGACUUAUCAGAACAACCAACAAGAAGAAGAGGCAAAGGGAGACCACCAAAAACACUGCACACUUUUAAGUGUUCAAUCUGUCUGGAGGCCUUUACCAGCCCUUCAGCUCUUCAGAGCCACAAGCUUUCAGUACAUGGCAAAGAGAAACAGCAGCAAUACACCUGUGCUCAGUGCACUAAGACAUUCUCCAGCCGGGCACAGCUUUCCAAGCAUCAGCGCUCGCACUCUGCUCAGCGUCCAUUCCAGUGCCUACAGUGCCACAAGGCGUAUAAGACUCAGACGGAGUUACGCAAUCACAGCCGUUCACACACAGGUGAGAAACCUUUUGUUUGCACUGACUGCGGCAAGGCAUUUAUGCAGGCCAUUUGUCUGCGUAUCCACAUGACGCAGCACAGCGGCGAGAGGCCUCACUCCUGCCUUCAUUGCUCUAAGAGCUAUCCCACAUUAUCUAAGCUCAAAGUGCAUCAACGAUCGCACACAGGGGAGAAGCCUUACUUUUGCACAGAGUGCGGGAAGAGUUUCGCCGACCCCUCUGUGUACCGCAAGCAUCGGCGCAAUCACCAAGGCCACCGCCCGUAUGAAUGCGGUCAAUGCAGUAAAACGUACACAGAGCUGAAGGACUUGAAGAACCAUGAGCGAUCGCACACGGGGGAGAAGCCUUACCUGUGCUCCGACUGUGGUAAAGCCUUCUCCCGGUCAUCCUCUUUGGCGUGCCACUUGCGAAUCCACUCUAAGAGCAGGCCAUACCAGUGUGAGCAGUGCGGCAAAGGUUUUACCCAGCUGUCCUCAUACCAGUCUCACCUCCGCACACAUUCAGGCGAAAAGCCAUUCCUUUGUCCACAGUGUGGCAAGAUGUUUUCAGAUCCCUCUAGUUUCCGCCGACACCAGAGGGCACAUCAAGGUUUCAAGCCGUACCCCUGUGACAAGUGCACCAAGAGGUUUCGGCAGCCAGCCGACCUUGCAGUGCAUCAGCGUGUGCAUUCCGGUCAGCGGCCCUACAAAUGCCAAAGCUGCGAUAAGGCUUUUGUUGCUUCUUGGGAUUUGCGACGACACAUGCUGGUUCACACCGGGCUGCGGCCCUUCUCCUGCACCGAAUGCGGCAAGUCCUUCGCAGAACGCUCCAGUCUGAACAAACACAGGAGGGUGCAUUCUGGUGAGCGUCCCUUCAAAUGCCAGCAGUGCUUCAAGUCCUUUGUGGUGUCCUCUAGUUUGCGCAAACAUGAGAGGACUCACUUAACAGAGAGGCCCUUGCAGGACCAGCCUGCCCCUGAACCUGCUCAAGUGUUUCCCCCCACCCUCCCCCAGUUCUCAUGCUCUCACUGUGAUAUGAUAUUUGGGACCUGGGAGGAAGUGCAAGCCCAUACCAGCCUUCACAUGAUCUCUCCCCCGACUGAUUCUACGGUUUCAGCUUUACCUGACAAUCAGUAUGUUUGUGUGACCUGCCAGAUAGAGUUUGCGCAGCUGGCUGAUCUACAAGCACAUGAGAAAAUGCACCCUAAGCCACGACCCCACAUUUGUGACAACUGUGGCAAAGGUUUUCUGAACAAAGCCGGGCUUCGCAAACAUCACCGCAUCCACUCGACAAGUCGGCCCCAUUGCUGCGCUGUUUGCGGAAAGGCUUUUCUCUUUGCUGCCUAUCUUCGCAAACACUUGCGCACUCAUCGCAAAACUGAACCCUCAUCCUCCCUGCAACCGACGGACAUAGCACACACCCAACCCCUACCAUCCCCACCAAGUGCCGCAUCACCUUCAGCAUCUGAGUCCACUGCACAUUCACUGUCCGUUCCGUUGACUGUGCCUAUGUCGACAUUUCAUUCAAUGUCAUCCCAUGUGUAUGUAAAAGAAGAGGGGCUCUGAAAUGAUUGCUGAUUGUGUCUGCUGCUUUGAAAAUCUGAAUAAUGUAAAAAUAAUAAUAAUAAUAAUAAUAAUAAUUGCUGUUGUGUGUUUAACUAAGCAAAUCUUUAAAAAAUGCAACUAAUUUCAUUUUUUAAAAGAGACCAAAUCUUUCAAUGCAUUAAAGGGACAAUUCACCCAAAAUGAAAAUGAUUUUGUCAUCAACUAAACUAUUCCUUUUAUAGUCACACAUUGUCUUUAGAUUAGAUUUAUUUUUAAGGUAUGUCAGUAUCAUGUUGCACUUCUGUAUCAUAAUCACAGGUGUUAUCUGAUAUGUUUAUACACUUGCUAAUAUAUUGUAAUAUCUCAAUGAAUAUUUCAGUCAAGAGACUAGAAAUCAUGACUAAUUUUAUUAGUCUUUUUUUUUUCAUCAGCUGACUGCACAAAAUUUUGUACUGACAAUUUCUUAACCAGAUUGUUAACAGUGUUUUUAUUUGAAUGCUUUUUGGGGUACCAAGUCACUGUAUGUGUGGUGGUAAAAAAUUAUGAGAGUGAUUACUUUCUGAACAUAUUAUUUUGCUUUAAUGCUAAACAGGAUAUCAGUAAACUCUAGUAAUCAAAUCUCCACUUGUGUCUUUACUUGUACCCCAGUGUCUGCGUUUUUCCUUGAUUUAUUGUGUAUGUCUUAAAACAAAAUAUACCCUCAAUGAUUAAUUAAGUUGUAUUGUAAAUUAUAUUUAGGCAAUUUGGUAUAGAUAUUAUGUUAUUUGAAGAAGACUGAAUUUAUGUCAUUCCACUAACCAUUUGAAUUCAAUUAGGUCUGAGUUAGGAAAAUCACCUUAAGGAGAGAUGAGCAAUAAACAUUUAAAAACAGACAUUUCAUCUCUAAGUGUAU